AGCCUUAGACGAUAUAAUAAAUAAUUGAUUUUAUUGUUUAUUAAUAUAUGCACUAUAUGUUUUCAAAGGAUAUGUAUUAUCUAGGUGUUCUACAUCCUUUUUUUAUUAUAAGGUUACUAACCGACUAUUAACGGUUUCUCGAUGUGUUUAUUAUUUAAUAAUAAAUUGCGCAACAUGAUGGGUUAAGCUAAGCUGUUAUUAAGUACAAUAAAUUCAUCAGUGGCGGAUCCCUCUAUACAUAAUUUAAUUAUGUGAACCCCCUGGCGCCAAAGCUGAAUUCGCCACUGAAAUUAAUCAUAGAUAAAAGAAAAGUAUAAAUUAAAUUAAUCUUCAGAUCGUAGAGUUCGUCCAUUGUUUGUUUAUUUGUUAUGGUUGUCAAAGUAACUUAACCUAUUUUCAUUGAUAAAUUUACCGCCAUUAAUAUGUUAAAAAGAAUUACUUAUUAUUCAAGUUGAGUUAUAUGUUUGAUUUAUUUACAAAAUAAUGGACAAAGAAAAGAUUGUCCUGAGUUUUAACGAAUCUCUAUUACGUAUGUCAGACAUAGAAUUACUUAAGGGUCCAUUUUGGCUGAACGACACAUUGAUAUCUUUCUACUUAGAAUAUUUAGAGAAAGUAGCCUAUGCUGGCGAAAAUUAUCUAUUAUUUGUCUCUCCAGAGGUGACACAAUGCAUUAAAAUCAUUUCAAACAAUGAAGUUGAUAUAUUUCUAGCGCCUCUGAAAGUUGAAAAGAGGCAGUUCAUAUUUUUUGUUGUUAAUGACAACAAUAGCGCAGCUAUUGGAGGAUCUCAUUGGAGCCUUCUAGUAUACUCUAGGCCAGAGACGUGUUUUUUCCAUUUUGAUUCUUCUCUUGGAUGUAAUAGAGCUCCUGCUUAUAACAUUGCCAGGGUCUUGGCUGAGUAUUUAACUGCUAAUCCAGGCCUUUUAGUUGAAGACGUGACCACCCUGCAGCAGGAUAAUGGAUAUGAUUGUGGAGUCCAUGUUUUAUGUAAUAUUGAUUUAGUUGCAGACCACAUUUCAAAAUAUAAUAAAGUUCGAGGCUGUGGAGUUUCUAGCAAAAAGGUUAUAGAUGGAAAGAGAUAUCAAAUAUUAAAUGUUAUUAAAGAACUAGGUGGAAAUAUUAUCUGACUACUCAAUUUAACCUUUUUUUAUGUAUAUAUUCAUUUAUAAGUGAUGAAGACAUUGUUCACUGAUAUGUUGAUAUUUCAUUUAAUAUAAAGAUAUCUAAAGUAAAGAAAACGUUUUAAUAAAGUAUAUU